CGAACCUCAAUCACGGUACCUUAGUUUAGCGCAUAAUUUAUAGUAAUCGUUCCACCUCCAACCCUGUCUCAAGCAAGAACAUAUCGAGAAUUCGAGAAUUUGAGAAUUCGUCAUUCUAUCAACAAAGGUGCUCGUUACUGAAUUGUCAUUACUAAUUCAGUAGACCCUCACCCUCACUGCCUUUCCAUCUUUUGUUCCACCUCGUAACCAAUCUUACCUAUCUAGACUUCGCCUGAUGAUUCACACCUGAAGCAAGGUUAACCUAUAGCUCCCGACAGCUCCCGCCCACCCCCUCCAAGAUCGUCGCCGACCGCGCAUCUCCCAGUUCCCCCAACACGAUGGCUACACAUACUGCGAUCAAUGGUAAUAUGGGAUCGGGCGGCGUAGGUUUUGGCGCCGACAAUAUAGAGGUCCUGCCCAAGAUUCACAAGGCACUAGAGGUCAUUCAUAAUCCUCACUCUCCCAACGAUGCACGCCAAGAUGCCCAGAUGUUCCUCGAAGACGUAAAGAAUAAUGGAAAUGCCUCUUUUUACGGCUUCCAUCUCUCCGUCGACAAGGCUCAGUCCCCUGUGGUGCGACAUUAUGCUCUAUCGCUCCUAGAGUAUGUAAUCAAACACAAAUGGGCUGAUUACACCGAAGAUCAGGCUACCGAUCUGCGUAACGGCGUCCUAGAGCUCUCCCGAGGCAUAACGAGAGAUGACCCGGCUUACUUGAGAAACAAGAUUGCCCUGUUAUGGGUUGAGGUCGCAAAAAGGACCUGGGCCGGAGAGUGGAUGGAUAUGGACGCACUACUUUGUCAACUGUGGUCAGGCCCUGCGGUACACAAGGAGCUUGUCUUAUGCAUCUUAGAGAUGCUAUCCGACGAUAUUUUUAGUGGCGAUGACACCGUAGUAGCAGUUCGCGAGGGUGUCCUUAGCAAGGCAUCUGUUGAGAUCUUCACGCCUGCCGCUGUCCUGGUAGAGACAUUCCCUAACCGGCAAGCAGGGCCGGAUGUGAGAUGUGGUAGUGAAGGCUGGCUUGCAAGAAUCACAGACCUAUUAAGUCGUUGCUUAGCGGAAGAUAUACAGAAUGACUCGGAAAUACGAAGCUGCGCAAUUCGGGCUCUCGGCGUACUCUAUUCUCUGCUGCCCUGGGUCGUCCCCAAUGCCGUCACUGCCACCCAGUGUGUACCGGUAAUGUGCGAGGGACUUCGUGCAAACCACAUUGAAGUCCAGAAGGCAUCUCUGGAAGCCCUACACUCUCUCUAUUCGAGAACAAGUUUUGUCGACCAGGAGUUUAUAGAUCUCGUUGUCCCGCUAUACAGCAGCAAAUAUGUCGACCUAUUCAGACAACUUUUCCAGUGGUCGCUUGUUGAUCCAGAGGAUAUUGAUGACGAUAAAUAUCAGUUUUCUAAGAAACUAUCCGAGGUGAUUUCGUUCCUGGGUACUUAUAUGGACCGACGUUUUAAUGUUCUACCAAACGACCCAACUCGCAUCGACUUCCAAGGAUUCUUGCAACUUCUUCUGCUGGUUGCCCAGAGUCAGAGCUUGGUAGUUUCAAUCCCUGUCCUUGUAACAUGGACUCGACUCUUGAAUAACGAGUCUCUCGGACGAAAUAUUGCAAGUCUUCCUUCCCUCAUUGGUCCUCUUCUAGAAUGUUGCAGUUCGAGGCUUGUUCGAUACGAAAGCUUGCCUGAAGAUACCCAGGAUCCUACGUUUCUAUUCCUAUUAGAAGAUACGGACACGAUCCCCGAGCGCCAUGCUUUCCUGGGAAACUACAGACGCUAUAGCUCAACAGUGAUCGAGCUCAUCGUUGAAUUGCAGACGCCUGAUGCAAUGCAACACAUCUUGGGCCAAACGGAUAAUAUCUUAGAGCAUCUUUAUGAUGAGGGGCCACCCUUUAAUAUGGCCAAUUAUACCAAGACAUCUCCACAGGUCCUCCGGGUUGAUGCCCAAGCCACAGUAAUUGAGGCGGCUUUAAAAGGAUACGGAAGGUGGCGAGAAUUUGUUGUUGCAGAUGAGCAAAAUGCGGUAGAAGCAAAUUUAGAGUCCUGGUGUAAUCGUCUGCUGGCGAUGAACUUUGAGGACCCUCUUAUCCGAAAACGAAUUCUAGAGCUUCUCGUCGCUUUCUCCGUUAAUGCACUUCACCGGAAUGCAGGUUUCAUGCUGAAAGUCCUAGAACACAUUCUUGUAACUUGGCCAGCUACGCAUCCUGAUUACCGAGUAUACACGGAUGCAAUUAAAGAGUUGCAGACGGAGAGCAUGGUUGAGCUUCAAAGACUUGCAGCCAAGAUGCCCAACCAUUUGCUGGAUGUUUAUGACCAGAUAGAAGCAAAGGUAAACGAGAUGAUUGCUUCGGGGACACUAGACGAGAAACGUCAGAUUACGUAUCAGACUUUUCUAUUUACUAUAGUCCACCGCUCUACUCGGCUCGACCAGGCUACGAAAGCCCAGAAGCUACGAGGAUUCAUUGACCCCGUCGUGGCUCAAUGGCAAAAUGACCGUCUCAAACAGGCGUUGUCAUCAUACGCGGGCUUUUGCGAGCUCAUGGCUCUUGACAAAGCACAGAACUAUCUUGCACGAAUGCAGAUGCAAAAUAUCUCGGAUUGGGGUUCGGUUGAGCUCGACGCCGAGGGACAAGCCUUACAGGCCGAGCUCGAAGAGCGGCAAACUGUUCUCCCACUACGACCUACAAAAUCAUUCCUGACUUGUUCCGCCGAUAAGGUAGAGAAGGAUAGCGACCCGUACCAGGUUUCAUGCGCCUUGUGGCAGGAUGGAUUUCCGGUUAUCCUUCCUCAGUUGCUUAAUUUCUUGACCCAUGCGCACGCUUCGCAUACCCCUGAAAAUUGGACGGGAUUACCACCAGAGAUGAGAUCAAUCGUUGGCCGCGUCCUUACUGACAGAUUCUGGCAAGCCGGUAUUUCGGAAGGUAGUAAAGAUGAGUUUUAUGCUCGCGUGCUUGAGAAGAAGCUCACACUAGAGGGGCUUGCCUCGUCGAUUCGAGGUUCUAUACGCUUUGUGCGCGAAUCGUGCUACGCAAUAAUCUACUGCAUGACACGCCUAGAUGUGCAGUUCUACGGCUUUAACGAGCUACCAGGACCCUUGGCUCAUGCUCUCCUUGCCGAUUCCUUCAGUCUUUCAGCCCACCAGUUAAUCAAUGUGCUUAAUCUAGUUAGAUAUCUGGUGGACAAUUGUCCGGUUCCUCUGCGAGAGCAUUUCCUCCCUCCAAUUCUAGCUGCGUGCUGUCAGCAGAUGGAUGCCAGGAUCAACUCCGAGUGGAUGAAGCUUGAGCAUCAGCAGGCGGUGAAAACGGGAGGAGACGCUCUGACCGAAGAGAUGAAGGCGGAAAGCAUCCUAAGGCAAUUGACGAACGCAGCUGUAAUGAUGGUUGCGGACUUCUUAGACCCAGCCCGGCUCAACGGCAAUGAUGCAGGAAAUCACCGAACGCUCCGAGAAUUUUGUUUGGAGCAUUCCUCCGUUGUAGAGCCCCUCUUGAUGUUCUGCACUCAUGCGAUAAGGUGGCAUGAUUCCCGGUGUUGCGGCAUCAUGCUGAGGGUUUUCCGCUCCAUUAUUCCCGACUUCACAACAGGCCUUGCACCUGCAAGUACAGCUGCGGCCAUCCGCGAAUAUAUAUCGUCGGAUGUUGUAAAAGCAUGUAUUACGUCUAUUCACGAACCGUAUUUUGUUGACUUGCAAAAGGAAUUUGCUACUCUAAUCGCCACUGUCCUGGUAACAUAUAACGACUACACGAAGACAGCCAGGGAUGUUCUACUCUCGCUUCCCAACGUGAAGCAGGCUGACGUCGACAGUGGGAUAGAAUACAUGAUGAGGAAGGAAACAAGCUCUCGUGGUCAAAGAGCAGUCGUCCUUCAGUUGCUUGGUGAUAUAAAGGGGGUGAGCGUGUCAGAGAUGGGCAAGUUAAGCAAAAGCACCAGAAUGCCUACUAAGGCCCCUUCGGCAAAGAGACCAUCCCGCAGUAGAAUGGCCCAGCAGUUCAUGACCGUACCAAGCCACGAUGCGUCGAGGCCGGGCGUCACGGGUAACGGCGGAGAGAACGGCAAUGGAGACAAUCUAGAAGGUCUAGCCAGCCUCUUUGAUUCGUAGCACGUAUUGGGUAGCCGAUACUGCAUUCGAAGACUGGAUUAGUCGUGGUCAACUUAUUCCUCGUGCUUUUGUUGUAUACUAAGCUCGUAUGCUCGUUGAUACUGGUAUACCAGCAAAGAUAAAUUGGUAAGAGGUGGAGGCGUGAUAUUGGUGCAUUGAUCACUGCCAGAGCCAGGACGGUACCGGCGAUAAGGUC